AAAUGUAAAAACUCAGACUCCACCGGUGGUUGCUUUCAUUCGGUUGGAUCGUUUGCCGCUGGCAGCAUGUUCUGCAUCAUUCUUGUAGGUCUUAGUUCUGGUUCACAGGAAACACAGUGUCAGUGAAUGUAUCUGGGUAGACAAUGAGCCAAGCAAUUUGAAGUGGUGAAUGUGCUAUUUGAAUUAACCUGAGGAGAUCGUUACACCUUCGUAGUGCAUUUUCUUUGGACGACUUUGAAUUGCAGUGCUCUUCAUUGGCUGAGCAAAAUGAAUACUAUUAGGAUAGGAACACUUGUUCUACUCAUGUUGAAUAUAUACUUCAGUUAUGCAGAUCCCGGUGUAAAAUCGGACGUUACAAAGAACAUUCGUGACAAACGUGACCAUUAUUAUAGCGAAGGCGUAGGAAAUUUUUAUUCAAAUUUUAAUGAACCUGAUAAUGCAAUCACGACUGUAUUGCCGCUACUGGACACAGAUGGCACAUCGAAGGUAGCCAACGAUGUACCCACCGAUAACGAUGAUGGUGAAGAUGAUGCACUAGUUUCGCAUUCGCUUGAUGAUGAAUUCCAUUAUUUUCGACCGAAUCCCGAUUCCGGAGUAGAAGGAAAGCUUAACUAUGAUUGGAAUAACGAUGAUACCAAUGAAAACCGCUUGGAUGUCCGUGGAAAAAAAAAUAUUCCCUUCUAUCCCUUAAGAUUGUAUCCUAAGCGGGCUCCUUCCGGUUUCCUUGGCUUGAGAGGCAAAAAGUAUUACUACAACGGUGCAAAACGGGUACCAUCCGGAUUCACAGGAAUGCGAGGCAAAAAAGCUUUCUAUGACAUGAACAGCAGUUUUGACGAUAACACAAACCAGCUUGAAUUAACGAAAGAUAUUCAUUUCGAUGAGCUACUGCAAAGAGAAAGGGCUUUUCUUGAAGAACUGUAUAGAAUCCAUCAAAUAGAACAGGAAAUCAGCAAUAAUCCUUCGAUUUCUACAUUUCAAACUAGCGAAAAGAGGGCUCCAUCUGGCUUCCUGGGAAUGCGUGGAAAAAAAGCAACUGAAGAUAGCAGCUCAAAUUCUGAAACUAAACGAGCGCCUUCAGGAUUCUUAGGAUUACGUGGUAAGCGAGCAAAUAUAGAUGAUUACAUAGAAGGAAAUAAACGUACCACAUUUACCAGUUACUUUGGAAUGCAAGGGAAUAAGGAACCUCUGAUUCUUGGAAGUGACAAAAUCUACAGUCAACUAAACAGAAUGAACUGGCCCGUCAAUGAUCGACUCCAAAUGGAUCGAACGCCUCCUAAACGGGUGCCGAAUGGUUUUUUAGGAGUGCGUGGAAAAAAAUGGACAGAUACGAUUUAUGACGAAUAAAACGCUUCACACAAUCUCAAGUUCACCGAACAAACCAAUAGUAAAAUCACUACGAAAUAAACUCGCUCAGUUGUCAAGGAAAACAAUA